UCCAUUCUGUGAGACUCGCCCGUGUGGCCGCCUAUGGGACGCGUAAGCGCGCAACUUCGCUCGCGUCUGUUUCGGACCAAACUGUUUUGAAUUUAGAACUUUCUGAAUUUGAAUUUGAACAUGAAGUGAUUUAUUUUUUUGUGGAUGUGAUUGUGCCAGUUAUUUUUGGAAGAGUAUUGAACGGAAUAGUUUUAAAAACUUUUUCUAUAUUUAUGGCACUUGUGUUAUUUUAGAUUGAGUGAAGUUUGUUGGCUUCAAUGAUUUAAGGCGCGGCCGCGACGGCUUGGAAAAUUCUGAUCUCACCUCAUUGACGAGCUUUGGAUAGACGUCAUGUAUAUCAACCACACAGCGCAGGACAAUUCUUCUGAAAGCGAUUAUGUGCCGUACGCAGACCGAGUUGAUACGUACCUUGUCCCAGUGAUCUUUGCCAUCAUUUUUAUAGUAGGCGUGCUUGGCAAUGGGACGCUGGUGAUUGUGUACAUUAGACACAGGGGCAUGAGGAAUGCGCCUAACACGUACAUCUUCUCUUUAGCUCUCGCUGAUCUCCUGGUCAUCCUGAUCUGUGUGCCCUUCGUAUCCAUCAUCUACACAUUGGAAUCAUGGCCGUGGGGCGAGCUGAUCUGCAAAAUAUCUGAAGCAGCCAAGGAUGUGAGCAUCGGCGUGUCUGUGUUCACAUUGACAGCGUUGUCGGCGGAGAGAUACUGCGCAAUUGUCAACCCUUUUAGGAAGUUACAGCUACGCAAGUUGCCUCUAGUCUGUGCAACCUUCAUAUGGGGAGCGGCGCUCAUCUUCGCAGCACCGGCGGCCAUAUUCUCUAAAACGGUCACCGCCAUCAUAGAUGACACCAACAUCACGAUUGUCUACUGCACACCGUAUCCUAUCGGCUGGGAGAAUUAUCCGAAAUGGAUGACCCUAGCAAAGGCGAUAAUCUACUACGGCCUGCCUCUACUGGUCAUCGCAUUCUUUUACUCACUGAUGGCCCAGAGGCUGCUGGCUAGCACCAAGGAAAUGCCAGGGGCCUUACACGGUGGCCAGGGAGAGGCCCAGGCUAAGGCCAGGAAGUCUGUUGCUUGUAUGGUGCUUAUUUUUGUCAUAGUGUUCUUCAUUUGUUUCCUGCCGUACCACGCGUUCGAAUUAUGGUACCAUCUCGACCCAACCGCUCAAGACGAGUACAACGAUUGGACCCACGCUCUGAGGAUCAUGGGAUUUUGCUUGAGUUUCCUGAACUCCUGCGUCAACCCAGUCGCCUUGUACUGCGUCAGUGGAGUUUUCAGGCAGCACUUCAACCGGUACCUCUGCUGCCGCCGAGGGUCCCUCCAUCCCACCUGCAGCUCCAGGCUCUCCAGGACGGCUGUGUGCGAGACCUCCUUCAGGAGCACCCAUCGGCACCGGUGUAAUAGGAACCCCACAGAAAGUGUAGUGAUCUCAAACUACGACUACGGAAGCACUAAAAAAAAAAGCAACAUCAUAUCCAGGAACAGUGGGGAUGGAGUCACCAUCAUGAGCAUCAGGGAUACCAACGACUUCCUCACUGGAGACUCUGAUGACAAGUGUAUAAACAGAUAGAGUGGAAACACACACUAUUUUUAUACAAAAACUCGAUAUUUAUAAAAGACAUAGUAUAAGUAGAUAUAUGUGGUAAGUAUAUGGAUUUAUAGUAUGUGCAUAUCUGUAUUUCUUGUAAAUUUUUAAUAGGAUUUUUUAAUCAAUGCGAUAUUAGUUUUUUUUAAUAAGUAGAUUCAAUCAAACUUUGUAAUUUUCAGCGAUUCUAUGGGUCGAUUAUUUUGCAGAUAUUUUAUUAAACAUUAUCCUUAAUAAAAAUCAUUCAAUAUAAUAAUUUAACGAAUUUAUUACAAAUCGAUAGAAAUUUCAUACUUACCGCGCUAAGAUUUAUGUUUGCAAAAUUUUGUAGUCACAGUAAAAAUAUGUAAUGUAUCAAUGUUAAGAAUAAAAUCAAGAUUGAUGUUUAAAUGUUCUCAGAUAUACAUGGAUGACAUUAUAUUAGUUACUGAAGAUCAAUAUGAAACGCCGUAUAGAAAAAAAACAGUCAUAUUUUUUUAUUUCUAGCCACUUGAAGUACAAUUAUUUGGUUCAAAGUUAAACGCAACAGGAAAUCUCCCGCCAUAUCCGAUCUUUUCGACGGGUUUCCCCUAAUGUAAAUAAUAAAUGUACUAACUGCCGUACUUAAUACGUCAUUGUACGAACCUUUUGAGAUUACUUUCGUGAAUGUGAAACGAGAAAGAAUACACGUAGAUGGUAUUCAAUGUGUUAAAUAAAUUACAAAAACGGCUCCACGUUUCAGGAAAUUUUACGAAAUUAUAAAACAUCUUAAUACAUCUUAGUACCUACUUUAUGGUACAUUUUAUUUUACUGUACCUAAUAGCACUGCUGAAAUGAUAAAUCUUAUUUCUAAGAAACGUGCGUUGUUCCUUUAUUACAUUUUAAGUCUUAAUAAGAUACAAAAUGAGUCUUGUAAAUAUCUCAGACCAAAGAAAGUAAAUUAAGUUAUAUUGAUGUUAAUGAUGUCACAAGUUUAU